CAGUCAAAAUGGCACCUCUUCGCUGCUUCAAUCUCUGUUCUGGCUCAUCACAGCAUUCGUGUACAACACUUUCACAACAUCAAUCACACACAUACAACAUUCAAUUGACCAAUUGGUCUAAUCAACACUUUCAAUAUGAAGUUCUUUGGUAGUAAACGCCAUGAACAUGCUGGCGAGGGUCAGCAUCUCGAGAGGAAGCCUUCUCCCGAUACCGAUGGUCGCAUCACCUUCCGGGCCUGCUUCAUGGGCCUGGUCGCAUCUAUGGGAGGCAUGAUCUUUGGAUACUCUUCAGGUCAAGUUUCUGGUUAUUUCAUGAUGAAGGAUUACGGCGAGCGAUUCGGUGUUCCCAACGGCGAUGGUACAUACAACUUCAGCGCCGCACGACAAGGAACUAUCACCGGUCUUCUUUCCAUUGGUUGCUUGUUCGGAUCUCUCGUUGCUGGCAACCUUUGCGAUUCAAUUGGUCGCCGCAAGACUAUCUCCAUCUCUGCUCUCUGGACCUGCGUCGGCACCAUCAUCGAGGUCGCCUCUCAACACGCCUGGUACCAACACGCGAUCGGUCGACUUGUAACAGGUCUUGGUGUCGGCGCUCUGUCUGUCGCUGUCCCCAUGUACCAGAGUGAGAGUGCUCCCGCCAUCAUUCGAGGUCUCAUCGUCUCCUGCUAUCAGCUCUUUGUCACCCUUGGUAUCUGGUGCGCCGAGAUGGUUAACUGGGGUACCAACCACUACGAUGGUAGCGCUUCUUGGAGAAUUCCCAACGCCCUCAACUUCCUCUGGGCUCUCCUUCUCGGUGUUGGCAUCCUCCUCCUUCCUGAGUCUCCUCGAUUCGCCUACCGAAAGGGUAAGGUUGAGGAAGCCCGAAAGACCAUUGCCAACCUUGCUGGUCUCGACAUCAACUCCCCCAGUGUCAACCGACAGAUCGACGAUAUCCGCGAGAAGCUUGAGGAGGAACAGGCUCUUCCCGAGACACGCCUUGUCGAGAUCUUCACUGGUCCCCGUAUGGCCUACCGUACCAUUCUCGGUAUCACUCUCCAGGCCGGUCAGCAGCUCACUGGUAUCAACUUCUUCUUCUACUUCGGAACCACUGUCUUCGCCUCUACUGGUCUCAAGGACAGCUACGUCACUCAGCUCAUUCUCGGCUCAGUUAACUGCGCUUGCACAUUCGGCGGUCUCUAUGUCGUCCAGAAGUGCGGUCGCAGAAAGUCCUUGAUGAUCGGUGCCGCCUGGAUGAUGAUGUGCUUCUUCAUCUACGCCUUUGUUGGACACUUCGCUCUUGACCGACAGGACCCUCUCUCCACUCCCGCUGCUGGUGCCGUCCUUGUUACCUUCUCUUGCUUGGCUAUCGCUGCCUUUGCUACCACCUGGGGUCCUCUUGUCUGGGCUGUCGUCGCUGAGAUGUACCCUUCCCAGUACCGCAGUCGAUGCAUGGCCAUCGCCACUGCUACCAACUGGCUCUUCAACUUCCUCAUCGGUUUCUUCACUCGAUUCAUCACUGAUGCCAUUGACUACUUCUACGGUCUCGUCUACGCCGGAUGUUGUGCUGCCCUCGUCGCAAUUGUCUUCUUCUUCGUCAUCGAGUCCAAGGACCGAACUCUCGAGGAGAUCGACACCAUGUACGUCCAGCACGUCAACCCCAUCACUUCUUCCAAGUGGGUUGGCGAGCCCCACGGCACCAAGCACACCCGAGAGGGUGUCACCGACGAAGAGGCUUCUUCGUAAACAACCAUCACCAACCAUCACAUCACGUCACGCACGACUCACAACUCACAUCAUUCACGUACACACAUCACUAUAGAAGUUACGGACUCGGACACGCUAUAGACAUGCAGCCGGACUGCCCGGCGAGUAACGAUUGGAACGGACGUUGCAUUUUAAAAUUGUUUUCGCGCAGGGGUGCGAGGAAGUACAUAACCCAAAAGAGCAUAUUAUAUCCUUGUAUUUAGUAGCAUAUUCUGCAUAAUAUCAUUUUCGCUACGUUCUCAA